GCGUUCCUCACGAAACUCCAGACCAGAUCUAUUCUUCUUAUCCUUCUCUCUUCCCAUCUUCUUCGUGAGUUUUCUUCAGCUUCAACUUCACUUCCCCAUUCACUCUCUCGAUCCAUAACAAUGUUUCAACCCUUCAAAACCGGUGGCUUCGACGGCCACGUCAUAGAUCUACACACGGCGGUCAAAGACGGCGUCCUCGGCUGCGGCGGAGACACCAAAACCACUCUUGUCGAAACCAAAUUAGAUCUGAAAACGAUGAUAACAGAGCUUGAAUUACCAGAAACACCCUCUGUUUUCAUCUGUCCCAUCUCUCUAGAGCCAAUGCAAGAUCCAGUCACACUCUGUACCGGUCAAACCUACGAGAGGUCAAACAUCUUAAAAUGGCUGAGCUUAGGACACCGCACUUGCCCCACCACGAUGCAAGAGCUUUGGGACGAUGUCGUCACGCCGAACAAGACGCUGCACCAGCUGAUCCACACUUGGUUCUCUCAAAAGUAUGUAAUGAUGAAGAAACGGUCGGAAGAUGUCGCCGGGAGAGUGAUUGAGAUCGUUGGGGAGUUGAGAAAGGCUAAAGGGAAAAAGAAAGUUCAUGCUUUAAACGAGCUUAAGGGAGUUGUGUUGGGUCAUGAGAUUGCUAAGAAGAGUGUUGUUGAUGAAGGUGGAGUGUUUGUUAUCUCUUCUCUUUUAACUCCUUUUACUUCUCACGCUGUUGGUUCAGAAGCUGUAGCGAUUUUGGUUAAUCUUGAGCUUGAUUCCGUCUCUAAAGCGGGGUUGAUGCAGCCCGCUAGGGUUUCGUUGAUGGUUGACAUGUUGAAUGAUGGUUCGAUUGAGACUAAAAUCAACUGUGUGAAGUUGAUUGGGAAGUUAGUUGAGGAAGAAGGUUUUAGAGCAGAGCUUGUGUCUAGUCACAGUUUACUUGUCGGAUUAAUGAGAUUGGUUAAAGAUAGACGAAGAAGAAACGGUGUCUCAGCUGCUUUGACGUUACUUAAAUCCAUCUCGGUUCAUAGACAAGUCAGAAGCUUGAUGGUUAGUGUUGAAGCGGUUCCUCAGCUCGUUGAUGUGUUGCCUUGUUUAGGACCAGAGUGUUUGGAAUCAGCACUCUACGUGUUGGACUGUUUAUGUUCAGAUGAGGAAGGAGUGAAGGCGUUGAAAGAUUCUGUUAACACGAUUCCUAAUACGGUUAGGGUGUUGAUGAGAGUGUCUGAGACAUGCACGGCUUACGCGGUUUCGAUUCUUUGGUCGGUUUGCAGAUUAGCGUCGAGAGAGUGUUCGUCUCUUGCGGUUGAACUUGGUUUGGCUGCGAAGCUUUUGCUUGUGAUUCAAAGUGGGUGUGAUCCGGCUUUGAAGCAGCGUUCUGCUGAGUUGUUGAAGUUGUGUAGUUUGAAUUAUUCGGAUACCAUGUUUAUUUCUAAAUGUAAACUUACACCAACGAUUCAAUAAUGGGUUUUUGACAAGUUUAUUUAUCAACAAGUAUAUCAGAUUAAAUUCGUAUUUGUACAUUGGAGGGGAAUUAAAAGUUUCUUUUUUUUUUAAUUUGCAUUGGUCUGGUUUCUUUCACUGUGUGUGUGGAUGAAUGAUUGAAAAGAAAGGGAUGAUUUGACAAAUCGUUUGUGCAACUGUUAACUGUUUGUUUGUCCAAUAAAAC